AUGGCUUUCUCCACAAAGUUCGCCCAGCGAGCUCCGGCUGCUGUCCUCCGCCAUGGUCGUCGUCUCCCGACCGCGCUGCCUCGCCGACAGCUGACCAGCUCGCCUUCUCCCGCUUACACCAAGCUGGUCUCUGCCACUCGCGCUGAGCAAUGGAACCAGAGGAGGAACUUCACAGCCUCGGCAGCCUGUGCUGCUGUCUCCCAAGAGGCCCCCAACCCAAAGGCAUACAUUGAGAGCGGUGUCAUAAAACCCAAGGAGAUUGUCGAUGUCAAGAAGGUCCUCGUCAUCGGUAGUGGUGGUCUUGCCAUUGGUCAAGCCGGAGAGUUCGACUAUUCUGGUUCCCAAGCUCUCAAGGCCUUGAAGGAGGCUGGUGUCGCUUCGGUGCUCAUCAACCCCAACAUUGCCACUAUCCAGACUGCCCACGUCCUCGCCGAUGAGGUCUACUACCUCCCCGUUACCCCCGAAUACGUCUCAUACGUUAUCGAGCGGGAACGUCCAGAUGGAGUCUUCCUGUCUUUUGGUGGUCAGACUGCGCUGAACCUGGGUGUGCAGAUGCAGCGCAUGGGUUUGUUUGAGCGAUAUGGCGUCAAGGUGCUGGGUACCAGUGUUCACACUCUGGAGCUCAGUGAAGACAGAGAUCUCUUCGCCAAGGCUUUGAACGAGAUCAACAUCCCCAUUGCCCACUCCAUUGCUGUCAACACUGUUGAUGAGGCGCUUGAUGCUGCUGACAAGGUCGGCUACCCCAUUAUCGUCCGAGCCGCCUAUGCCCUGGGUGGUCUCGGUUCUGGUUUCGCCAACAACCGUGAGGAGCUCCGCAACAUGGCCGCUCGCUCUCUGACCCUCUCUCCUCAAAUUUUGGUUGAAAAGUCGCUCAAGGGCUGGAAAGAACUCGAAUAUGAGGUCGUUCGUGACGCCAACGACAACUGUAUCACCGUGUGCAACAUGGAGAACUUUGAUCCCCUUGGUACCCACACUGGUGACUCUAUUGUCGUUGCCCCCAGUCAGACCCUGAGCGACGAGGAGUACCACAUGCUCCGAUCCGCCGCUAUCAAGAUUGUUCGCCACCUUGGAGUUGUUGGAGAGUGUAACGUUCAAUACGCUCUGCAGCCCGAUGGCCUUGACUACCGUGUUAUCGAGGUCAACGCCCGUCUUUCUCGAUCCUCCGCACUGGCCUCCAAGGCUACUGGUUACCCUCUCGCUUACACUGCUGCCAAGAUCGGUCUUGGUCACACUCUGCCCGAGCUCCCGAACGCCGUUACCCGCACUACCACCGCCAACUUUGAGCCGUCUCUCGACUACAUCGUCACAAAGAUGCCCCGAUGGGAUCUCGCCAAGUUCCAGCAUGUUAAGCGCGACAUUGGCAGUGCCAUGAAGUCUGUUGGUGAGGUCAUGGCCAUUGGCCGAACCUUUGAGGAGUCCUUCCAGAAGGCCAUUCGACAGGUCGACCCCAACUUCCUCGGUUUCCAGGGUGACAAGUUCGACAACCUUGACGAUGUCCUUGCUAACCCUACUGAUCGACGAUGGUUGGCUGUUGGCCAGGCUAUGCUCCACGAGGGCUACACAGUUGACCGGGUCCACGAGCUGAGCAAGAUCGACAAGUGGUUCUUGUACAAGCUCGAGAACCUUGUCAAGUGUGUCCGCGAGAUGGAAGCCGUUGGCAGCCUGGAGAACCUGAAGCGUGACCUGGUACUCAAGGCCAAGAAGCUCGGUUUCUCUGACAAGCAGAUUGCCAACGCCGUCAAGAGCAAGGAGACUGCUGUUCGCGCUCUCCGUCAAAGCAUGGGUAUCCGACCGUGGGUCAAGAAGAUUGACACUCUGGCUGCCGAGUUCCCUGCUGAUACCAACUAUCUCUACACUACCUACAACGCUAGCUCUCACGAUGUCACCUUUGAGGACCAGGGUACUCUCGUCCUGGGAAGCGGUGUCUACAGAAUCGGUAGCUCUGUCGAGUUUGACUGGUGCGGUGUCUCGACCAGUCUUGCUCUUCGCGAUCUCAAGAAGAAGACUGUCAUGAUCAACGUAUGUACUCCUUCGGAGACAAUGAGUACUGACUUCGACUAUGCCGACAAGCUGUACUUUGAGGAACUCAGCUACGAGCGUGUCAUGGAUAUUUACGAGCUCGAGAAUGCCUCUGGUGUUGUCGUUUCCGUGGGUGGUCAGCUUCCGCAGAACAUUGCCCUCCGUCUUCAGGCAGAGGGUGGUGCCAACGUUCUCGGUACCAACCCUGAGGAUAUUGACAAGGCCGAGGACCGACAGAAGUUCUCUGAGAUCCUCGACAGCAUUGGCGUCGACCAGCCCGCUUGGAAGGAGCUUACCUCUGUCGCUGACGCUGAGAAGUUUGCCCAGGAGGUCAGCUACCCUGUGCUCGUCCGCCCCAGUUACGUCCUGUCUGGUGCCGCCAUGACUGUCAUCCGCAGCCAGGAAGACCUGAAGGAGAAGCUUGAGGCCGCCAGCAACGUCUCUCCCGACCACCCUGUUGUCAUCACCAAGUUCAUCGAGGGUGCCCAGGAAAUCGAUGUCGACGGUGUCGCCUCGAACGGAGAACUCCUCGUUCACGCUGUUAGUGAGCACGUUGAGCAGGCUGGUGUCCACUCUGGUGAUGCCACUCUGGUUCUGCCCCCAGUUAACCAGGACGAGCGUACCCUGGAGCGCCUCAAGGAGAUUGCUCGCAAGGUGGCCAAGGCUUGGAAGAUCACUGGACCCUUCAACAUGCAGAUCAUCAAGGCCGAGAACCCCGAGGGUGGCGAGCCUCAGUUGAAGGUCAUUGAGUGCAACCUGCGCGCUUCCCGAUCGUUCCCCUUCGUCAGCAAGGUCUUGGGUACCAACUUCAUUGAUGUUGCCACCAAGGCUCUGGUUGGCCAGGACGUCCCCGAACCCGUUGAUCUUAUGGCCAAGAAGCGUGACUACCUCGCUGUCAAGGUUCCUCAGUUCUCCUGGACCCGUCUUGCUGGUGCCGACCCCUUCCUCGGUGUCGAGAUGGCCAGUACUGGAGAGAUGGCUUGCUUCGGUAAGGACCUGAUUGAGGCCUACUGGACUUCGCUGCAGUCGUCCAUGAACUUCCGUGUCCCUGAGCCUGGUGAGGGUAUCCUCUUUGGUGGAGAGAUCUCUAAGGACUGGUUGACCAAGGUUGCCGACUACAUUUCCCCCCUUGGCUACAAGUUUUAUGCCGCCGACAACCACGUCAAGGAGUUCCUCGAGUCGAGCACCAAGGACAAGGUCAGUGUCGAGGUUAUCGAGUUCCCCAAGGAGGAUAAGCGUGCCCUCCGUGAGGUCUUUGAGAAGUACAACAUCCGUGGUGUGUUCAACCUGGCCAUGUCCAGGGCCAGGACAGUCACCGACGUUGACUACGUCAUGCGCCGAAACGCUGUCGACUUUGGCGUUCCGCUAUUCAUGGAGCCCCAGACGGCCAUGCUCUUUGCUCAGUGCAUGAGCGAGAAGCUGCCUCGCAAGGAGGGUAUCCCCUCUGAAGUCCGCCGAUGGUCCGACUUUGUUGGCAACAAGGCAUUGUAA